UUCCGGUCCGUCAUGCUGGAGACUCUCCGGCUCUGGGCUCAGGAAGACUCCGGUGUUCUUUGUGUUGCGCUGUGAUCCACUGCCGGGAGCUGUAAGGAGAGCGGGACGAGCUCGGAAUCCACCAUGCCCCAUCCUUCUUAAGAACAUCCCUUAAUCUCAGCACUCUGGAGGUAGACACAGGCAGAUUUCUCUGAAUUCUGGGUCUCCCUGUUUUAAUGGAGGCCGUGACCUAUGAAGAUGUGCAUGUGAACUUCACUCACGAAGAGUGGGCUCUGCUGGAUCCUUUCCAGAAGAAUCUGUACAAAGAUGUGAUGCUGGAGACCUACUGGAACCUCAUUUCUAUAGGUUGCAAAUGGGAAGACCACAGUAUUGAAGAACAUUGUCAAAGUUCUAGAAGACAUGGAAGGAAUGUCAUCUGUCACUCUGGAUACAAGCCAUAUGAGCAUCAGGGAUAUGGAAAGAAGCAAUAUACCUCUUUUCCUCCUGGAACAGUUAGAAGAUAUGCUGCAGUCCCCACUGAGGGAAGACAUGACGGCUGUGAUACAAGUUUACACUCUCAUAUUGGAGAAAACCCUUAUGAUUACAAGGAAUAUGGAAAUUCAUGUGUCUGUCCUGGUUCACAUUGCUCAUGUAGUGUAACUCACAGUAUUAGAAAAUGUUAUGCAUGCAAUCAGUGUUGUAAAACUCUGACUUAUUCCAGUUCUUUUCAAAGAGAUGAAAAAACUCAUAUGGAAAUAGAAAUUGAUAAGUUUGAUCUUUGUACUAAGGACUUUAGCCAUCCCAUGUAUCUUCAAACACACAAAACAACCAAUAAUGAAGAAGAGCUCUAUCAAUGUAAUCAGCAUGACACAGCCUUUAGAUAUGAUUCCUCUUUGGAAGUACACCAAAGAACUCUUUUGGAAGAAAAACCUUAUGAAUAUAAUCAGAGUGAUAAGGUCUCUGCAUGUCACAGUCUUCAUCAAGUACAUAGAACUCAUUUUAAUGUGAAAAAGUAUGAAUAUCAUCAAUGUGAUAAAGCCUUUGCAAGUCCCACUUAUCUUCAAAUAUAUAAAAAAAUUUAUAAUGGAAAGAAACCCUAUGAAUGUACACAAUGUGAUAAAGCCUUUUCAUGUUCCAGUUAUCUUCAAAUUCAUAAAAGAAUUCAUACUGGAGAGAAACUCUAUGAAUGUAAUCAAUGUGGUAAAACCUUUAUACAAAAGAGUCAUCUUCACAGGCAUGAAAGAAGUCAUAGUGGAGAGAAACCCUAUGAGUGUAAUCAAUGUGGUAAAGCCUUUGCACACAAGUACAAGCUUCUCAUUCAUGAAAGAAUUCAUACUGGAGAGAAACCCUAUGAAUGUAGUCUAUGUGGUAAAGCCUUUGCAGAGAAGUGCAAUCUUCUUAGUCAUGAAAGAAGUCAUACUGGAGAGAAACCCUAUGGUUGUAAUCAAUGUGGUAAAGCCUUUGCACAGAAGAGUGAUCUUCGCAGUCAUGAAAGAAUUCAUACUGGAGAGAAACCCUAUGAAUGUAAUCAAUGUAAUAAAGCCUUUGCACAGAAGAGUAAUCUUCGAAGUCAUGAAAGAGUUCAUACUGGAGAGAAACCCUUUGAAUGUAAGCAGUGUGGUAAAGCCUUUGCACAGAAGAGUAAUCUUCUUAGUCAUGAAAGAAGACAUACUGAAGAGAAACCCUAUCUAUGUAAUCAACCUGCUCAAUCCUUUGCACUGGAGAAGAAUUUUCUCAUUCAUACCAGUAAUGCAGAAGAGAGACCUUAUGAAUGUAAGCAAUGUGGUAAAACAUUUGCAAGGAAGAGUCAUCUUCUCAGUCAUGAAAGAAUUCAUACUGGAGUGAAACCCUAUGAAUGUAAUCAAUGUGGUAAAACUUUUGCAUGCAACAGUAAUCUUCGCAGGCAUGAAAGAUGUCAUACAGGAGAGAAACCUUAUGAAUGUAAUCAGUGUGAUAAAGCAUUUGCCCGUAAAAGUCAUCUUCAGAGUCAUGAAAGAUGUCAUACUGUACCCUACACAUAUAAUCAAUUUGGUAGAGACUUUGCAUGUAGCAGUCCCCUUCAUAUAAAAGAAAGAACUUAUACUGGAGACGAACCCUAUGAAUGUAAGCAAUACAGUAAAGACUUUGCACAAAACAGUCAUUUUCACAAUCUUGAAAGAAAUCAUAUGGAACAAAAACCCAGUGAGUGUAAUCAGUGUGGCAAAGUCUUUCCAUGUUGCAUUGUUCUUCAAAAUCAUGAAAAAUUUCACACAGGUGAAAAUCCCCAUGAACCUAAUAAAUGAGGUCAAGCCUUACAUUCCACAUACAUUUUUUUUCCACCAUGCUAGCUCACUAGUACUUGAGUAAGGUUAGUAGAGCCACUCCUUAGUUAAAAAAUUGUCUUUUCAAUUAAACAUACUGCAUUCCAAGAAUACAGAAACACAUGAUAUUUUGAAUAAUAAAAUGUAUUUGCAAUUGAAACUGCUAUUUAUACUGUCAUCCAUUAUUUGGGAGUCAUGUUACUUUAUUCUGCGGAUGAAAUACUUACUCUUGUUAUAUUCUCAGCAACACAAAAGAAUGGCAGAGAAUUUUAUCAGUUAAUGUGAUUGCUGCUAACCCUGAUUACCUGAUACUGAGUUUUAGGGUAGCUUUAGUUAUAUAGUGAGAUAUUUUCUCAAAAAAAAAAUCCAAAAAAGGAAUCUGGAAAGAUGGUUCUGGAAAGAUGAUUGCAUCUCCACAGGACCCAAGUUUAAUUCUUAACACUCACAUAGAAGCUCACAGCUCUCUGUUAGUCCAGUUCUUGGGGAUCCAACAGCCUCACAUAGAAAUGCACUUAGUCAAAACACUUUUUCAUGUAAAAGACAAAUAAUAAUUUUCUAAAAGUAUAUGUUACUUUGUGAUUUUUUUUCCGAUAGUAUAAUGUGGACUCAUUUCUGUUCAGCUAAGUCAUUUGUGAGGGUCAUUCACCUCAAGAGAAUUAUGUUAACAAUUAAAAUAAGCAAUGUGUAGAGUCCAUUUACAAAGGGAUUGAAAUCCACUCAUUCUUUCCUUGAACAAGUAGCAGGGACUUUUGUUACCUGCAAAUGAUGUAAGGCAGAAGAAAUAAAGAGGCAGGAAUAUCUUCAUUUUCUGCAUUAUAAUGACAUCUUUGGACUGCUGCUGUUGGUCAUACAAUUUUGGUUCCUAUCACCCAUAUCAGGUGAACCAGAUGUGCCUGUAAAUCCUGUUUUGGAGGUUCCUUGUGCACCAGGUAUGUUAAUGGAGUAAAGGCAGAUAUAUACAUAUACAUACACCUAUAUCUUUAUGUAUGUAUACGUGUGUGAUAGAGAAGAGAGGGACUCUAUAUUUCAAAAAAUCUUUCUUUAUGUAGAUGUCAUUUUUUUCCUUAAAAUCACUUUUCUUCAUGUGUAUUGUUGGAACACUGACCUGGAUUGAAGUCAUGUAAAAACAAGAAUUUUGAGUGCUUAUGUUUGCACAUGAAGAAAACAGAACAAAGUAAUUGUUACUUAAGAUUUUUCAAAACAGAAUUGUGCUUGGAAUGUGUUUUUGUGUUCCUCACAAUAUAGCAGUUAGGAGUGAGUUUACUUCAUACUACUCAUUAUUGUUUGUUGCUUUUGUUCAAUUAAACUAUGCCUUAUAUGCCUUCAUGGAAAAAUAUGUUUUUGUCCCAUGUGGAUUGUUUUUUCAUUGUAUACAGUUUCAACACACUAGAACUUUACUCACAUAAUCUUUCUUAACCCUCCCAGAAUAAAAUAGGCUCUUCCACGA